GCCGCCUGCUCGGUUGCAGCAGCCUAAGCUGAGCUGCAUCCCGCCCCGGCUGUUCCCCAGAGCCGUGCUGCCGGGCCCGGGGCCCGCAGAGCGGGCGCGGCCUCCAAAGCCGCGAGGGAAAGGACCAGCGCGGGGCGGCUGCGGCUCUGUCCCGGGGCCGCCCCCUCCCCCGCGCCGCUCCUCCGCGUCUCCGCAUCCCGGGCCCGCGCCUGCUUUCGCUCCCGCCGCGGCCCGGGCUCGCUUCGUCCCCGCCACAGCCACGGACGCCUCCGCUCCGGCUGUGACCCCAACCGAGAUCAAGACCUCAGUCCCUGCCCCGCCCCGCCCCAGACCGCAGUCGGGCCAACUUCUGCCCAGGCCGGGACACCGGUGCCAGCCCCCAGGCCCAGUCGUGGGGACCAUGCUGCCCAGCUCCAUCCAGAUUUCCGGGGAGCCGCUGUCAGGCGCUGAGGUGCGGGACAUCUGCCGCGGCCUGCGCGACAACGCGGUGCGCCUGCUCUCGUUGCGCGGUUGUCGCCUGUGUGACCGCGACUUCGGACGCAUCUGCCGGGCCCUAGCUGGAGCCACAUCCCUGGCGCAGCUCAACCUUAACCUGGGCGUCGUGUCCAGCCCCAGCCGCAUCAAGCAGCUGGCGGAAGCGCUACGGACCAACCGCUCCAUCCAGUCCCUCUUCCUGCACGGGAGCCCACUGACGGAUGCGGGACUGGCCUUGCUGAACCCUGCCCUGGCUCUCCAUCCUGCCCUGGUGGCUCUUGACCUGGGAGACUGCAUGCUGGGUGAUGAAGCCAUCAACCUCAUCUGCGGCCUCCUCCCUCCAGACGGGGCCAAGUCUGGUUUGAAGGAGCUAACACUGAGUGCCAACCCUGGCAUCACCCCUAAGGGCUGGAGCCGCCUCGCCAUUGCUGUGGCCCACAGCUCCCAAGUCCGCGUCCUCAACCUGGACUACAACCCCCUGGGUGACCAUGUGGCAGGGAUGCUGGCUGUAGCUGUGGCCUCAAGCCGUACCCUAGAAGUCCUAGACUUGGAGGGCACAGGGCUCACCAACCAGUCAGCUCAGACCCUACUGGACAUGGUAGAAAAUUACCCGACUGCAUUGCGGAGCCUGGUGUUGGCUGAGAACAGCAUUAGCCCAGAGCUGCAGCAGCAGAUCUGUGACCUUCUCUCUGAGGGGGAGGAAGAGGAAGAGGGAGCAGGAGGGGCUGUCGACACCCAGGAGUGGGGGAGAGGCCGGGAGCCUGCUCCCCACCAGAGGGGUGGCAGCUCCUGGAUGUGCCCCAGCGAUCCCAGCUCUCAGAUGGUGCUAAUGACAUCAGGACUAGGGGACAGUCUGUUAGCAGAGACCGAGAUGUGACUCUCCACGUGGGCUUCUGCACAUCAUUGCAUUUGUAUGUGUCCCCACUACCUUCUUCCACAUGGCAGUGGGCUCUGGCAGCUCCUGGCAGUGGUGGGAGGCUCUGGAAGCUGUCACUGGGCAACAGCCUUGGGGGAUGGGUGGGGAUGGGACUUGAACCCAGGGUACUGAACUUUGAACUUGUUGGCAGCUCUGGCUGCAACCCGCUGGCUCGGAACAGAUUUUAUAAACUGCACAACCUGGCUUGUAGCUGUAGUCACUGGGGGAUGACCAGUGGGAGGGACUGGCAGUACCACUAAUCAGUGUUAGGGGGAUAUCACUCUACAGCUCAGACUCUUAAGAGGUCAGCCUAGGUCUAGGACCUAGGGGUCCUGGGAGUUCAGACGCCUGAAGAUAACUGGAGCAAGAAGCUGAGCUGAACUUUAUCCUCCUUCUACAGGGAAGCUUAAUAUUAGCCCCACUGUUAUCUGACACCUCUUCCUCAUGCCUUGGCCAAGGGAAGCCAGGUAGAACAGGCUAAAGGGGAGUCUCUGGAAAAGACUAGGAGAAGUUGGAUUAGAAAUACUCAAGUGUUGGACAGGUGUUCAGCAGUUAACACAUGACCCCAGUUCCAGAGUACCAAACCUCUGGCCUCUGUGGCCACCUGCAUGCACAUCUGUGCACAUGCGUGCGCACACACAAACACUCAAAAAAUGUUAGCUAGGCAUGGUAGGUCAC